GUUGUUUCGUUUAUAAGCGACGCGCGCACGUAUGACGUGAUUAAAUGAAUUACUUAAUCAAACGAUGUAUUUACAAUACUACUGGAAUAUUACUUUGAUAUUAAAUACAGAGCCGUCAUCGCACUGCAAGACCGUGCAGCAGCGUCACGAAGCGAGCGCCUCCUCCUCCGCCACAGUGAGGUUGACGUGAGGCGGUGGGAAGGUCCGGAUCACUCUGAGUGGCGACUGAAUCCCGGAGGGUUGUCCUGUCUAAUCGGAGCCACCUCGCCGCAUGUAAAUAAACAGUGUGUCGGAGCGGACGGAAAAUAUUCGCGUGUUUCAGUUCCCGGCGUAACUGAGCCCGGUUCGCGGAGUAGGGAGGGAUUCCAGAAGUCCAGUAGAUGCACCAUAGAGAGCAUCCUAUCUGGAUGAAUCACAGUUUGGUGUGGCAACGGUUCUACCCAAGAUCAUCAGAAAUUGUAGAGAGAUGUCAGUACAGCCUGGUAUGGAAAGUUGCAAUCUUCCCACCAAGAAUAAACCUGAGAGUCUUAAUCAUAUCAAAGAAGAAUAUAAACAGGCAUUUAUCUUGAUAAAUAAAGGUCUUGCUGCAGAUGAAUCGGGUCAAAAAGAAGCCGCAAAGCAGUAUUACAAACAGGGAAAAGUGCAUUUACAUAAUGGGUUGCAUAUUCCAACAAAUACUCGUGAAUGCAUAGGUGCUGAGUGGGACGUGGCUCGUCAAAUGCAAGAUAAAAUGAGUGCAGCACUAAAUAACAUAUGUACAAGACUGACUAUUUUGGAGCUUGAUGAAAAUCCGGCAGCAUCUAAUCAAUUAAACCAGACACCUGGAACUUCAGGGUCAAAUUAUCCAAAGGCAGAGUCAAGACUAUAUCCAGUUCUACCGACGCUUUGCGAAGAGAAAUCUUCAAAUCCACCACCUGCCUCUCAGUCUUCUGCUGUGAAGAUGAACAGAACUGCAAAUGGAAGCUCAUCCUGUACAGCCCCUAAUCUUUCAUCACUAGAUACUGUACCUGUAAUAAAUGAGCUGCCUCCUGUAUACACACCUGAGGCUGUAGGUGGGCAUAUGACACUUUCCUAUGGCACCGAAUCUGGUGAAGUGGCCGUUGUAGGUGAUGGCGCCUAUGGACAAAGUACACAACCCCGUUCUUUGGAACCACUCAGUAUGGAUGCCUGUGAACUUAUUUUAAUUGAACAAGGUGUACAGAUUUUCUACGUAACCCCUGAUGGACAAGUGAGUGCACCCUCGUAUCCUGGAUUUCUCCGCAUUGUGACAUUUUCAGAGAACGGUACUGUUGCAGCACAAGGCAGACCACCACCUUUUCUGCAGGUUUGUGACUGGGUAUAUCCACUGAUACCCAGUCAAUCUCCUGUGCUGCAGUGUAAUAAUGGAGUGUACAUGUUUCCAGACAUAAUGUCACAAAAUCCUGAUGUCUACGUUGGAGUAGUGUUAUCCUCAGAGCUGCCAUCUUCAGACCACAAACUCUUUGAAGACUUGUUGAAACAAAUGACUUGCUUGAAAGUUCAGGAUUCUGAAGCUUCAGCUAAUGACAUUAAUUUGAGUGAAACGGUGCCGCUGAAUCAUGAAACACAAUCAAGUAACCAGGAGCAUGUCCUGCCGGAGUGGAGUGAAAAAGUAGCACGUGGAAUUUUAACGGGUGCGUCUUGGUUGAGCUGGGGUUUAGUUAAAGGUGCUGAGUUCACUGGUAAAGCAAUCCAGAAAGGAGCCACUAAACUGAGAGAGCAUAUUCAGCCUGAAGAUAAACCUGCAACAGUCAGUCCCACUGUGCAAAAAGGACUAAGUGUUGCACGACAAGCAACAGGAGGGGCUGUAAAAGUCAGCCAAUUUUUGGUUGAUGGACUUUGUACUGUUGCUAGUACUGUUGGAAGAGAGCUUGCUCCACACGUAAAGAAGCAUGGAAGUAAACUUAUUCCAGAAUCUGUUAAAAAAGAUAAUGGUUCAAAAGCCAAGCUAGAUGGAGCCCUUAUGGUGGCAGCAAGUGGAGUUCAAGGAUUUGCAACUGUCUGGAAUGGUUUAGAAUGCGCAGCAAAAUGCAUAGCCAAAAGUGUUGCAGCAGAAACUGUUCACACGGUGAAACACAAGUACGGUGCUGCUGCUGGGAAUGUUACAGACAACGCUGUAAACUCUGCCAUCAAUGUUGGUGUGACAGCUUUUAAUAUUGAUCAUCUGGGCAUUAAAGCGAUAGCACGACGCACUGCCAAGGAAACUGGAAAUGCUAUUCUCAAAGACUACAAAUUGCAAGAGAAACAAGACAAACCAGUAAAAAAAGAUUGAUUUCACCUUUGAAUAAUUUGAAUUUAGCUGAUAAAAUUAAAUUCUAACAUGCAAUUUAACCAAUGCUAAUGAACUACUGUUUUGCAGAGUUAUAUUUUCAAAUAACAUGUAGGUUGAUCUCGAAAGCUGAAAAUCCUAAGGCACUUUGAAACAAUGGCACUGAGUAACUCUCUUUUGAUUGUCACAUUGGCUUUAUGAUAUGUUUAUAAAGCAUGAAAACGCUGGCUUUUUUUCCCCUCGAUAACAACCUAUCCCUAUGAAGAAUCUCUUUUAGAUUUCUCAUCUAUGUUGAACUGAAGUGGGUGUGAAUCAAAACAUGUUAUGAUGCAUAUAGAAGUUUGGAUUUGUUCAUUAGAUGUGAUUUUUUUUUGACAUGGCAUGGGGGUUUGGGAAAAUAGACAAAAGUGAUUACAGUAUUUAAAGUCUUUUCCUUGCAUUUGCACCUAAAAUGUAUGCAUCCAUGCUGCUACAUUGAUUUAGGGUUUUGUAUGCAAAAUGACUGUGAUUGAAUGAAGGAGAUAAUGGAUGUGCAUUUUGUAUAGAAGAAUAUUUAAGAGUAAGAAUAAACCCAAUUAGCAGCAUUGGUAUUUUGAUAUUGUCUGAGUAUGUUUAAAGCUCAACUCAGUUGUGAUAAAGCAAACAAUUGUAGAAAAAAUUUUUGCACUGGUAGCAAUUUUUGCGCAUCAGGUCAUAUGAGUGACCAAAACAUUAUCAGCACUGAGGAAAAAGAAGGUUGCUAUUUUCAAGUUAGUCUAGUAGAGUGGCUUCAAAUACUAAUCCUUAAUGGAAGAAGUUUAUUGUUUUUAUUUGUAAUUAUUUCUUUAAAUUGCAAGAAAAUAUAUAAUUAGUAAUCUGUAAAAUGAUAUGUAAAUUUGUGAGAACGAUAACAUAGAAUGGUGAAAAUUGAACAGGUGUUGCUGCUUCCUUAAAGAUGCUGAUAAGCAACUGUAACUACUGCUUCGGUAGAAUAACAUUUCACCUGUAUCUUGUGCUUUAAGCUCGCAACAACCUUAUUCACAAAGUGCCUUUGUUUGAGCCAUCCUACACCAUGUAGAUAUAUUUGUACGAUUGUUUAUUUAAAUGGUACUAAUAGAUUUGAAUAAAGUUACUCUAUUCACAUAACAAAUGAUCCCCAAAUCUGCU